AUGCUAGAGAUAACGCUGGUGAAGGAAGGAAUGAUCGAUGUGGGCGGCUCGGAACCCCCAGGCACCUCCACCCCAUCCUCGCUCUCACUAGCGCUCUCCUCCCCCACUGCAGCACCCCCCACCACCACUACCACAACCUCCAGCAGUGGCGGGGGGGCGGCCACCUUCACUACCUCCUCCUCCUCAGCGGCGGUCAGCGGCAGCGGCGGCGGAGGCAAGGCGUCGCCGCUCUCCCUGACCUCCCUGAAGGCCGCCUGGCGCAGCCUGAUCGGCGUGGGCGGCUCGAGGCUCCCUCACCUGGAGCGGCCCGACGUGGGCGCCAGACGAGACCCACAUCCACCUCACGCCGGGCCGCCCGCACAUACACCCAUCCGCACCGUAGCCCCGUCCCGCCCCCGCCCCACUCCCACACCCCGCGCCCCCGCGCGGCCGCAAGUGCCCGAGGCCACCCUUACUCUCGCCAAGUGCCUUAGGAAACACCGCGAGAAGCAGCAGGCGCGCGCCCUCACCCGCAAGUCCAAGUCGGACAAUGCCCUGCAGAAGGUGGGCGUGCACCUGAAGUCCCACUCCGACCAGAACUUGCACAAGGUGUGGCUGGCCAGCGGCGGCGGCAGGACUAACUCGGUCUUCAGCACCGUCCAACUAUCUGGUGGCAGCGGCGACAGCUGCAGCAGUAGCGGCGGGAAGCGCAGCGGCCGCCACCACCGGUCCAAGUCUCUGGAGCGGCAGCAAGGCGCCCGCGUCCACCCGGCGCCGCCCUCACUCCACCCACGCCACACCCGCUCCCUUGAGAGGAACCACAAGUUCAGGGUGGACUUGCGCCCCCCGGGGCCCUUGAGAGACGAACCUCCAGAGCACCCGGCGCCCGCGCCUCCCACUCUCACCCCCACGCACGUGCCCUGGGCCCCGGAUGCCGUGGAGGGCGUGAGCGUGCACGGGCAGCAGCAGCAGGUGCAGCAGGGGUGGGCGGGCGGCAUGGAGGGCGGCCACGCGGCGGGGGGCGGCGGCUCCUUCAUCAACAAGCCGGCGAGGGGCUGGCUGCACCCCGACCACCAGCUGGCCGAUGACGGCGUCUGCUACGGCGUGCGGUACAUAGGCUGCCUGGAGGUCAACACGUCAAUGAAGAGCCUCAACUUCGACACCAGAUCACUCAUCGCAAAGGAGUGCAUCAGCAAGGUGUGUGAGGCUGCUGGACUCAAGACUGCCGACCGCAAAAGGAAGGUGGUGAAGACAAUCAGCCGUAUCCUUGGGGAGCGGCCUGUCAUGGAGCACGCGGGGAGCAAUGUCAACCUCACCAUCACCAGCACGGCUCUCAACCUCACCAACCUGGAGUCGGGCCGGACAAUUGCCUGCCACGACAUGCCCAACAUAUCCUUCGCUUCAGGGGGUGACCCAGACACACUGGACUUCAUCGCAUACGUGGCCAAGGACAGUCGGUAUGGCCGUGCAUGCUUUGUUCUGGAGUGCGGGGGCGGCCUGGCUCAGGAUGUCAUCACCACCAUUGGCCAGGCCUUCGAGCUGAGGUUCAAGGAGUACCUCAAGCGCACUCCCUCCGUCCAGUACACCAGCGUCAAGUCUGACAAGUCAGGCAUCAAUGGCGAGGGUGGCAUCACCUGGGGGCGUGACGACCCUGAGUACUACAAUGACCUGCCUGGGAAGGUGCCCCCCGACCUACCGCCACCCCCUGUGCCCCCGCUGCCCCAAUACUCAGCUUCAGAGAGCAAGCGUUCUGUCCUGUCCAGCCCAACCCCCACCCCAGCUCCCAGUGCCUCCUCCUCCUCCUCCCCUGUGCCAGCAGCAACCCAGCCCCUCGCCAACUCUCACCAGACACUGUCCAGCAAAGUGUCGGACAACCUGAUAGACCUAUCAUGUGAGGGCACAGCACCGGGGCCGCUGCGCAGUGAGCCGGAGUAUGUCAAUGAUGCCGUUAUCAGACAGAAGCAGCUGAUGGACCAGCGGGACCCAUUUGAUAUGCAGCCAUUCAUCAUGCAGCUGUCUCAACUGAGUGGGGGUGUGGCUCCUUCAGCCAGUGGAGCAGCAGCAGCAGCAGUCGGAGGAACAGGGACUGUUACGAGUGGAGCAGUCGGAAUGACAAACAAGCCUCUGCCUCUGAACCAGCGGCUUCAGCUCCAGCGUGAACCCUGGUUCCACGGCGCCAUAAGCAGGAAGGAGGCGGAGAUGCUGCUACGGCAGGACGGGGACUUCCUGGUGCGGGAGUCUCAGGGCACAGUGGGCCAGUAUGUCUUGACGGGGAUGCAGAACAACACCAAGAAGCACCUUCUCCUUGUGGACCCUGAGGGAGUGGUGAGGACCAAAUCACGCACCUUUGAUAGUGUGAGUCAUCUCAUCAUCUACCACCGGGACUACGAGCUGCCCAUUGUGUCUGCCGAGUCAGCACUCCUCCUGCGCAACCCAGUCCUAAGACACCCCCGCUAGGCCUCAGGGUUCAGUGGAGGGGCUAUGGGCUGGGAGGAGGGUGUGGGGGAUCAGAGGAUCCCCACCCCAUCCACCCACCUCCCCAGGCCAGUCCGUUUAGGUGUUUCGUCGCACAAGUACCAUAACUUAUAUUUUGUACCAGUUAGUGCAGUGUUAAUGUCUGUGACUCUAUGGUCCAGGGGAGUGUGGGGGAGGGUGAGUCAGGGUGUGUGGGGGGAGGGGAAGGGAGGGAGGGGGAGUCCUAGGGUAGGGUGGAGUGUAGGAGUCUGUGUUCCUCUGUAGUACAAAGAAGUAAGUUUGGUUGGUGGCUUAUCUGUGUGUGUGUUUGUGAUCUGUGUGUGCAAUGGUGUGCACAUGCUGCCUUUCUUCAUGAUACUCACUCUCUAACUUCCCAACACACACACACACACACACACACACACACACACACACACACACACACACACACACACACACACACACACACACACACACACACACACACACACACACGGUGGAGAACCUCUUUAUGCAACCCAAGGUAACUAAUCAACAAAAACACUAGUUCUUGCCCAUUUUACAAUUCUUAGCCUGAAACAUUUCAGAUGUUCUAUUCCCACAAACUGAAUCAUGAGACACCACUUUCAAUGCCAUGAAUUUUAUACUUGGAGAGUUCCCUGUGCUUACCACAUCUUCCCUUGUGAUGGAUCAGAAACAUCUGAAGUACACACAUGCUUUCCUCUGCCUAGCUAAAGUGCAGAAUUGAGCCUUAAGUCACAAGAGUCCAAUUUCAGCACAAAUGGUGAUGAGUAACUCUGGAUUUUUGAAUUUAUAUUUUUCUACAUGAUGCACAAAAUAUUGAACUGGUACUUAAAUGUUGGAGCUUACGAUUGUACAUGAUAGUUUUGUUGAUAGUUUUGCCUGUGAAAUAUUCCCCUGUCUUGAGCAGCACUCAUUGUGGGUUUCAGGGAUGGCCAUGGCAAGGGUAGUUUGGGAGCAGUUGAGACAAUCAUGUUGCAAAAAAUGUGCCACAGAAGCCUUUUGAGUUUGUAUCUUGUGCUGUCUGCAAAAUGUGACUGAUGCCCUGCCUGUGAGCUGUUUAGGGAGGCACAGCGAAUUUUCUCUUCAUAGACACUAGACUGAACAGUAUGAAUAACAAAUGCACAUCAAUAUACUGACACAGGCAUGUGCACACAGCACACAUAACUAGAGAGAUUAACAGGGAGCCCCCAACUCUAGCUCAACCACAGAGUAACACAGACAUCUCCCCCACUGAGGAGGAGGAGGAGAAGAAGGAGACAGAAGGUGCUGUUGAGAGGUGUCACUAGAGUGGAAACUGAAAAGCUCUUGGCAGUCGGCACCUGCUUUUAUGUGUGGCUUGAGAGGGAUGGAAUGAAGCUAGAGUUGCAGGAGUGAUAGAGUGUUGUGGGAAGAAUCAAGUGAACUUGGUAUGGGAGAUGUGGGUUUUGCAAGGACUGCAAGAGACAGGGAGGGAGAGUGGCCAGGCUGGCAUGGAGGAUAGAGAAGUACAAGCUGCAUUUGGAAGCCUGAAAUGCACUGCAUCUGGAGCAAUACACACCUUGAGUCCCUCUCACAAUAACUUAGACUGACCACCGCCAACCUCGCCACUGCAUGCACACUUGCCCUGCACUCCAUACCUGCACUUGUGUGGCAGCAUGACAGCGCGGCAGGUGUGCGUGGGUGCCUGCAGGUGUGUGUGCGUGAUUCAGAGAGCAAUAGGUUUUCUUACUGGUAAACCCCAACUAGGUCACUAAACCAAAGACAUAAUGUAACGUAGGGCCGGGGAGGAGUAGGUGGAGGAGGAGGUGAGGGGGGGGAGCCACCCACUUCACAAUAUCAGUGAGCCAACCACUACUAAGGUCUAUUUUUCAACAGAUAUUUUUGCUACACCCCAUGACUGUGUGUCGAUAAUUGACAAAUCUUGCCUUGUAGCCUCUAGAAGUGACUCUGUCCUCAUUUAGUUAAGUGUAUUAUAUGUUGUAAAAUACUACUGUAAUUGAUUCACUAUUAAGGUUUAAAUUUAAUUGUACAUAACAUGACAGGACACAUACAUACAAGCAUACAUCAAUACAUGCAGUCCAGGUAUUUUAAUGUUGUGUGUGCCAAAAGAUAUUGACUCAAUUAUUAACUAUUAUUUCUCCCACAUUGGCCAUUGAUAAUCAAAAUGUUUCUUUAUUAUUAGUUGCUCGUAUAUAACUCGGCUGAUUCCGAAACCAUGUGAAAUAAAUACAUACUAUUGUAAAAAUUGACACAAGUGUGAAUGGUAAUAAAUCACUGUAACUUUGUAUUAACAAGUGAAUAAAAUAUCACCUAUGA